AUGAGCUCUACGGCAAUACGAGGCGGAUGUACCUGGACGGCUGCUGGUUCUGGUGCUGGUAAUGGCUUGCGAUCAUUGGUAAACUCUAACAACGUAUCUUCAGUUCGCAGAGCCACAACUAUGCCCGCCAUGCUCAGACAAGCCCCGAUUUCGUUACUUUCCAAGGCGCAUAUCUGGAAGUCGACAUAUUCAACAGCUGCCCCACGAAACUCGCAACCUUGUAGCAAUUCCGUGUCUGGCCAGUCUGCAUGGAAGGCAGCUCGAUGCACUGGGGUUCGCUUAGGCAGGAUUGCUGGGUCCUCCAGCCCCCUACCUUUCCAAGCUCACUGUGGGCUUCUGGGCACCGCCUCCAGGGAUGUAAGCUGUGGUCUUGAUAUUGGUAACUGCACCGGACCUCGGAGCAUACGCAGGCACUUCUCGUUUAGAACAAGACGCCUCGAGGGAGAAAAGACGAGAAUUGGCGAACAAUCUUCUAAGCCGGCUCCGGUGACCACUUCGUCUUCCGGUAUCCGGAAGGUACUCCCGAAGUCCAUUGCUGCUUUGACGCCGCAUGAGAACAUCUACACAGUGCCGAACCUGUUGACGUUCAGUCGACUUAUCGCGACGCCGUUUAUCGGCUAUGCCCUCCUCCAAGAUGCUCACACUUGGGCUCUAGGACUUUUCGUCUAUGCUGGCGUUUCGGACUUGCUUGAUGGUUGGAUCGCACGUCGCUGGAAAUUGCAAACGGUUGUUGGCAGCAUCGUUGACCCCAUGGCUGACAAGAUACUGAUGACUGUUCUGACAGUCUGCCUAGCGGCCAAGGGGGCAUUGCCUGUGUGGUUGGCAGUCAUCAUUCUCGGACGAGACGUAGGGCUCGCAAUCUCUGCCAUCUAUUAUCGCUGGAUUUCCCUUCCGCCCCCCAAGACCUUUACCAGAUAUUGGGACUUCAGUCUACCUUCGGCGGAACUCGCGCUCAUGGGUUCAACUAUUGUAGCACCUUUCGUGACCGCCAUUGAGGUUGGACCAGCUUUGAUUGGACUGCAGUACAUUGUCGCAACAACCACCAUCUGGAGUGGAUUGAGCUAUGUUUUCAGCAAGGAUGCCGUCAAGAUUCUUUCAGACGCCAAGACCAAGGAACAGCCAGCGGAUUCAGAAGAUCCCAAAAAGCAGUGA